AACGCGGGGGCUGUGGAGGAGGAGGCUUGGACCCUGAAUUGCGUUGCGGUGCUUAUCGCAAUUGGGAUUUGCGAGGGAGAGCACGCUCAAUCUCUCUCACAAUCUCUCUGUCUCGUCCCCGCUGUGCACGUAGCAACGGUCCCCGGACAGUUUUGUUAGGGGCUAUGAACAGUUUGCGGCACCUACGUUAGGGCAUUCGCGCUCCGAGAUCGCGCCGUUUCGGCAUUAGUCGUUGGGUAUUUGUAAAUUUAAUCGUCAUGGUUCUGCAUCAUCGAGCUUCGGAGAGUGUGUGAGGGCUGUGUUGCUAGUGAAUCUCCAGCGGAGUCGUGUGGAGGAGCUCGAAUUUUGAGGGCGGAGGAAUGUUGCGAUCGCCAUCUGGCUAGGUGAGGUGGCCCCCAUGGCGAUGGUGUGGCGCGACGAGACUGCGUGCCUAUGUCUCUCAUGAGAUGAGGGAAGACUAUUUCGCUUGGCUCUUUCCGGGUGGCAGAUGUAGGGUUGGCGUUGGAGAAUCAAUGCCCGCUUCAGUGCCGACGCCAGAUAUUUGCAGGAGAAGUAUGAUUCAGUUUCGCCUCGUUGUAUCUCUGCCGGUCGUCGUGUUGCUUCUGUUUGCACAGGUUGGGCCUCUGCUGGCGUUUCCGCAUCACGCGAAUUCUGAUGCGGAGCUUGAAUUUGGGUUGCAUCAGCGGUCGCACCUAGAUGCAAAAGCUGGGCCAGAGGGUGAGAGUUUGGCCGGAGUACCGAAUUGGAAUAACGAAGCGCCAGAGUGGGACGAGCUCACGCGGUGCAUCCGGAGCAGUGAAUCGGGUGACACGAUUGCGAGGUGGUUGAAUUGUUUAGAGUCGCUGGAAAAAUUCACUGCGCCCGAUUCUGCAGCUUUAAGUUCCACAGGUUUGAGCUCGAAGAUUGCCAGCAGCUAUGCAGACGUGAACGACUCCCUUCAGCUCGCUGAGGACAGGAUGGAGCCCUUUGAUCCGCUGGCGGGUGGCUCCUCGAAGCUUCGCAAAAAUUUGAAUAGCUCCGAUGGCAAUUCUACAGGGGGUAAGGGUUUAGUAUCUGCUAGGGUUCAAGAUUCUGCUCCGGGGUUGGCAGAUGAGAAUCGAACAUUGGCAGAUGCUGAUGUGUCGAGGGAGCAAGGAUCUGGCACUAGUUCAGGAGUGGAUAUUGAUAUGUCAGAAAAUUCGGGGGUGUCCCCCUCUCGGAUCUCUUCGAAGGAGAGUAGCUUACUAGGUAGAGACAACGCUCUAGGCGAUGCAGACACUGCCAGGAGUUCAGCUUCAAAGUGGGAAGCUGACACCUCGAGAUCUCUUCAAAGCAGUUCGGGUGACGAGAAUGUUGGAUGCUUGGAAGUACUCACAGAGGCAUCAAAUUCCACGUCAAGCACUACUAGAUUGCAAAACUUGUUGGACGCUUUGAAGCUGGCCGCAUGCCUUGGUGUCGUCACAAAACUCUUGUGGGGAAAGAGAGCGCAAUUACUAGCUUCGGGACAAAAGGCGCAGUCUGGCUUGACUGGGCAGGCUGUGGAAUGCCUUGCCCCACCUACAAAACAAUAUUCAAAGGCUGGCUUUUCAUCACUAAACAAUGAUGUUGGGGCUCCAAGUGUAAAAGUUGGAGGUCUGUCGACUCCUCUUGGAAUGGCUAUUGCCACUGUCAUGGCUGAGGCGCUGCAUCAAGAGGAUGGUCGAAGGCCACCUCGAACAGCUGAUGAGUUAUCCAAGCUCCUCGAAGCCGCAUUGAUAGAGACACUUUCGCCGGUAAUGGGCAGUGAAUGUCCAGGUUUUGUGGAGCAAUUCAAGCAGUCUUUUAGUAGCACGUAUAGACUUCUUGGAAGUGUUCGCAGCGCUUCUAGCAGAAAUUUUGCAUCUUCUUUUGCAAAUCACAGUAGAGAUGUUUCCCAACGGCGUCCUGAAGCACCAUCUAGAGAAUGUCACAGGCAGACAGAUGCUGAAGAGGAUGACAGCAGUGGCUUAACAAAGAAAGCAAAUCUAGACCUAGCGUUUAAUUCUAGAUUCAGACUCCCAAAUCGCAAGCAUCCCGACCCUCAAGCGGAUCUUGCAGACCAGUUCAGCAAGUUAACUCUCCCAGUCCACGGACUCGAAGCAGUGGCUAAGAGUGUGGACGUAAAGGGCGCCUCCUCUGAUGGUGAAAAUUCUAGUUGCGUUGAUCAGGAAGUAUUUGGAGAACCUGACGACAUUAGCUCAAGCGUGGGGCUCGAUGAUGUAUCUGAAGGGUUGUCAGAGAAAGGGACCGGUCACCGUGUACCUCUGGCGGUCCAUCCAAUUGGAAUUAGAAAUAGAUUGGAGAGGCGCGGAUUAGAGAAACAAACAGCAAACCAGCAAAUUUACCGACAGGAGAGGGGGAGCUCGCUUGAACCUGGUGAUGCCGACCUUGCAAUGCAGCCGUUUGAAACCACAUCAAAUGAUCAGCUUGUGGCCGUGUUUGAGUCAAGUCUUGCGCACUAUGAUAGCGGGACGUGCUAUCAGCAGCAGAAGAUCCUGCUGUCGCAGCAGGAGAUGGAGCUCCGAAAGAUGGAACUCAACUUGAAGUUUCGGGAGCUUCACUUGAAGGAGGCUAAUUUGCACCUCGCGUCUGAGAACAACACUCUGAUGAGAGAGCAUGUGGAUCUGAGUCGUAACAAAGUAGAAUUUAAAGAAGCGGAGUAUCAAGACCGCAAGUUAACUGCUGCUCACGCCAUCUUCGCGAAGCGUUGCGCUGAUGAAAUGGUGGCAGGGUUGUGUGUGAUGCUGUGUGCUCUCUUCUUCGGCGCCUGGAAAUAUUCUCACGAGCGUCUUGUGGAUAUCGUUUCUACUUGCCAACCUACCCUUUAUGAGCCAAGCAACUCAUACGUUCCAGGGUUUAACACGGUGGUCAACUCACUCAACCACAUGUCAUCACGGCUCCACAUGUUCGUGUGCGAGGUCACAGUGGCGAGCCGGAUGUUAUUAGGAUUAGGGAUUAUCUCUUUCGUCGCUGCUGCGCUACUGCGCAAAAGUGUAGCCAGCAACAGCCAGGCUAUGCCCGCCACCAUUCUCAUUGUCGUGCUCGGCGGAAUUUGUGGAUUUGCAGGGAAAUUGGCGGUAGACAGUCUGGGAGGCUCAGGGUACCAUUGGCUGCUCAUGUGGGAAGCAUUUUGCUUGGUGCACACAUUGGGAACGUGCUUCACAUCGACGCUUUACCGAAUCUUGAACGGAACACCGGAAAGUGUAACUGGGAAGUGGCAGUGGCAGCGGCAGACAUAUUUCAUGAAGCCAUGGUUGCGCCGAUUCUGGUUUCAUGUCACUAUGGUGCUUGUGUUGCCGAUCUUGACAGGACUUAUCCCCUUUGCGCAUUUGCGUGAGGUUGUCCAAUUGGUUGCUUUUAAUUUCUGGCACCUCGCCUACUCGCCCAUAGAAUCAUACUUGAGGAAAAAUCAUUCCCAAUUGACUUCCGUUAAGGAAAUUUGACGAGCCACUCAGAGCCACUCAGAGCCACUCAACACCUGAGAAGGAAGUCAGACAAGUAAUUUUAUCCAUCUGAAGCAUUAAUUAAUUUACGGCUAUCUGCAAGGAGGUCAUCCAAAUUAGUGAUCAAACCCUGCUGAGAUUGACCUUUCACUGUGAUUUUUCAAAAAUGGUGCUUUUACCUUUCUUUUCUUUUUUUUCCUUUUUUUUCUCUUCUUCCUUCUCUCGCUGUUGACAGGGGUCCUUGUGAAGCAGGAUGUAGCCUCGCCUCGUCUGAGAAGUGGCCUAUGCAAAGCUUCGACAUAUUCUACGCCUUAUACAUGUAUAUAUUUUUUAUUUAUAUUUUUUAAAACAUUUUUCGGUGAA